AUGGCACCAUCACCAACAGCCCUGCAAGCUCUAGAGGCAAGUCCUCGCGUGCACGACCUCCUCACCCGGCUUCACGCCGAAUCAGAAGCCCAAGAGAAGACUAUCUCUCAAACCUGGUUCUACUUCAAAUAUCUCUUCGGCUUCUACCUCACCGGUAAAACAUGGUCUACUACCGCAGACGCACACAUGAGCGAUAAGUUCGUCGCCCUAGAGCAAGAUAAAUGCCAAUUCAUGUAUCUUCUCGCCCGCAGUAUCAACGCAAAGAACAUCGUUGAGGCGGGAACUAGUUUUGGCGUUUCGACGAUGUAUCUUGCUCUGGCGGUGGGACAGAACGUCAACGCUAUGAGAGCGAGGGGUGAGAAGGUUACGGGGAAGGUUGUUGGUACCGAGUGGGAGAGUAGUAAGGCUGAUAGGGCGAGAAAACAUUGGAGUGAAGCCGGGGAAGAGGUUGAGCCGUGGAUUGAGCUGAGGGAGGGAGAUUUGAGAGAGACUCUUUCGGAGGAGGGUAUGCCUGAGGAGAUUGAUAUGCUGCUCCUCGACACUUGGAUACCAAUGGCUCUUCCAGCUCUAGAGAUCAUCAAGCCUCGUCUGAGGCGAGGAGCUAUCAUUCUGGCUGAUAACACAAAGAUGGCUAAGGCGCUGUAUAACGAGUUUUUGGACUAUAUUCAUGAUCCGAAUAAUGGGUUCAAGACUACUACCACGGCUUAUAGUGGUGGACUUGAGAUGAUCGUGUAUCUACCUUGA